CUGUGUGAGAGUCAUAGCGCCACGGCCAGGCAACCACGUUACCGCACAUUUUGAGAAGGCACAUAACGCAAUGGUGUGCAAUUCCGAAUCUACCCAAUUUGCACGAGGAUGUUGCUCUUUGCUGGUCAAUUGACUGGGGUGUGCUAGAAAGCAGUCAUUCUUUAGACGCCUCGUAUACAAUUUCACUCGAGUAAUCUGAGUGUGAGAUCAGCGUUGCAUGACUCAACACAGGAGUUGCAUGCAGUCAUCACCUCACUGCUGGAUGGCGGGUGCAUGAACUGUGGAAUUAGGAAGAGAAAGAUAAACAACCAACAAGAGCCGGGACCCAUGAAUGAAGGAGGCCAGUCCCUUUCUAGAUGCCCCGAGCCAAUAAUGUGGUGGAGAGGUAGCCAACGAGGUGGCUAUGAUGAGAAGAGGUGAACCAACAACUGGAGAGGAUUCCACUCCCCGUGAUUUUUAUUUAUUUCAAUAAUUUAAGACGCUGUUUACAUUAUACAUAUUUAUUUAUAAUUUAUUUAUUACUGGGAUUAUUAUUUUUUUAAUUUAUUGGAUCUUGGUUGAUGUGAAGAACUGAUUUUGUGUGAUUCCUGCACUGAGCACUUGGAAUUUGACCUGAAAAGUUUGUGGCACAUCGUGGAACAUCGUUGAGUUGAUCACCCUUCUUGUUCUGGAUACCGUGUUGAGCAAACAAGGAAUUACAUUUUUUUUUCGUGACUCGAGUGCUGCGUGUGGUGAGACCAGAGGGGGGCGCGCGGGGGGUAGUCAUGAAACCCCCACAUCCCCAAACGUAACCACCACCCCUUCCCCAGACCCGGCCCUUCAUGCACGCCAUGAGUUUACCCCUACAACAGAAGCCCAGCAAUAAGAGAACCGGCAAGCGCAUUUCUUUCUUCAAGGACCAGGGAGGAGGAGAAACCAUGAAGGAGGCUUCUUCUCACAAUGCGUCCGAGGGGCCCUACUACGGCCUGGGAGGUGGCCUAGCCGUGGAUCCCCCACCAGGCGCUGGGCACCCGAGCAACCCUCCGGGAGGAGGAGGAGGAGGAGGAGGAGGAGGGGCGGCGAACACGGCCUCGGAGGGCCAGCAGCGUAUGUUCCUCAACUCGGUCAUCUUUAGCCCGGAGAAGGGCGAGCAGAGCCAUGGGCACUACCAGCAGAUGGUGCCUAUGAAGUGGGCACUGCAGAACCCGCCCCAGCUGCCUCAGCAGAGGAACUCAACCACUGGUGGUGGCGGUGGCGCCGGCGGGGGUGUUGGAGGUUGGUCGCAAGGCGUCACCAUGACAACAUGGACACAGAACUUUGCCCCGAACUUGGCGUCCCAGAAUGCUUUCCCCAAGCAGGUCCCUGCUGAGGACACGCAGACGCAACAGCAACAGCAACAGCAGCAGCAGCAACCGCCAGGCGAUAAGCCCCUGCAGCAGCAUCACCAACAGCAGCAGCAGCAGCAACAACAGGUGGCCAGCUCCUCUAUAGAUCCCUAUAGGGACUCUGCCAGAGGACAUGCCAUGGACUGGGAACAGCAGCAGCAGCCACAACAGCAGCCACAGCCGCAGCCUCCCUUUCAGCCGAGCCAUAAGCCCGCGGGCCUGAACACUCAACAGCAGCAGGGCCCAGGGUCCAACCCCACCGGUGCGGGCGCUGGUGCUGGUCCUAAUGCUGGUCCUGUUGGUGCUGGUGGCACGUCUGUGCUGCAACCCUUCCAGGUGGCCUUCGGCCAGCCCAAACAGCACCUGCCGGCUGGCUACUACCAGGUGUUCCAGCAGCAAGGCGCUGGUGGCAGGACGUUGCCGAAUCUGAGCUACAGCAUGCAAACAAACUCGCAGCAGCAACAGCAGCAGCUGCAGUCCUCGCAAACGCAGGACCAGCAGCAUGCACAGAGACAGCAGCAACAACAGCAGCAGCUGAUCUUGCAGCAGCAGCAGCAAAUGCAACAUCAAUACCAACAGCAACAAUUAAUUAAUCAGCAACCUGUGACCCAGCAGACGCACCAGCCCCAGACACAGCAGACACAACACAUAGUCCAUCAGUCACAACACACAGAGAAGCAGACACAACAACAACAACAACAACACAUACAGCACUCAGAGCUAAUGCGGGAGCUGCAGCCCCAUUUGGAGCACACCUCUCACAUACAACAACAACAACAACAUCAUCAGCCACAACAACAGCAGCAGUCCAUGCAGCAUAUACAUUCACAUCAAGCACUGCAGUCACAGACAUUACAACAGUCAUCACAGCAAACACAUCAACCCCAGUCCCAACCACAGCCCCAGCAACCUCCUCUUCCCCAACAGAAAAGCAACUCCCAAAUUCAGCAGCGCAGUCAACACAUCCUGGAGUACCACCUCAGCGGUGGUCAGACCCACAACCUGCUGCCGUCGCACCCAGACCAGCAGCCGACCCAGCUGAUGAGCCACUCCCGUUCCCAUCUGCUGUCAGACAAGCCCGCCCAGGACAUCCAGUAUCCCCGCAACCCUCAGCCAUCACCCCCCAUAAGCGUGACACCUGGUGAUGAUGAAGACGAUGAUGAUGAUGACGAAUCUCCGCAGGCUCCCCACAGGUCUCAGCUCCCUGUGCCUAGGGAAGGUGAAGGGGCUCUGGGCAAGGACAACCCAUUCCUCAUGCCUGUAGUAGUGGAGGCACAGGGGGGACCUCAGGGCGCCCAAGAUCUCCAGAAGGGAGCGCCGUCGUCGGAGGGGUCGUUGAGGGGGGUGCUGCUGGUGGGUGAGGGGGUUGGGGAGCUGAAGGCUGCACCGACGGGGGUUAUCCAGAGCACGCGGAGGAAGAGGAGAGUCUCCCAGGAGGUGAACCUGGAGACGCUGGCCCAGAAGGCCUCCGAGAUGGAGUGCUUGCCGCCUCAGAUUGUCAAGGAGCCCCACAGGCCAUGGAGUCCAGUGUCAGGUCACUGUCCGAUGAGAGAGCGGGAGUUGGAGGGCGUGGGCGUGGCGGCCAAGCGUCCCCGCGACGAAUCCCUGAUGCCCCUCGUCAUCCCCGUGUCGGUGCCCGUGCGGCCCCUGGAUCCUGGCUCCUCCCCCGAGCAGGACCCGGACGCCGCCAUUGGCCACAGCUGGAUAGGCCACACUCCCCACUCGCACAUGGAACACAAGCCGUCGGUGAUCGUGACGCGGCGGCGGUCGCUGCGCAGCUCCCUGACUGACAACUCUGGCCAGAAUGGCGGCGGUGCGGAGGACGGAGACAAGGAUGGGGAUGGCAAGGCGUGUCCCAAGUCCAAGCGGCGUCCGCGUCCCGAGCCGCUCUUCAUCCCGCCGCCCAAGCUCCCGGGCUCCUUCAUUGUGCCGGCCGUCUACUCCAGCAUCACCCCGUACCACAGCCACCUGCGCUCGCCCGUCAGGCUGCCCUCGGACAGCGCCCAGGCCAUGCCCCCCUACACCCCGCCGCCCAUCCUCAGCCCUGUGCGAGAGGGCUCCGGACUCUACUUCUCCACCUUCCUCUCCAGUGGUGGUGGUGCGGGCGGUGUGGCGGUGGCCGGUGCUGGUGGUGGUAGUGGUGGUGGUGGUGGUGGUGGUGGGGGUAGUGGGACUACAGGGAGCCACAUACUGCCCCCGGUGGUCACGCCCAAGUCUGCCACCCGCAGCCUGCUGCGAUCCAACAGCUGUGACAUCACACCUCCCGUGCUGUCCGCCAUGAGCGAAGCCACACCAGUCAGCCUUGAGCCGCGGAUCAACAUUGGAGUGCGCUACCAAGCGGAGAUCCCAGAGCUGCGGGAGCGUUCAGCCGCCCAGUACGACCAGCACAAGGCUGACAUGGUGUGGGCCCCCCUACCCCAGCUGGACACCCAGCCUAGCCUGCUACAGAGAGUGAAUGACCUGCUUCACCUGUCCUGCUCCAGUGCUCUGACGGGAGGGGGCACCAACCAGGAGUUGACCAUGCACUGUCUGCACGCGUGCAGGGGUGACGUCAUGGGAGCUUUGACCCUCCUGUUAGUGGAAAGCCCCAUAUUUCCCAAACCUCAUCCGCUCAGCGACUAUCACUACUCAGGAUCAGACAACUGGACGGCAACGGAAAAGCGAUUCUUCAACAAGGGCAUCUCAGCCUACAAGAAGGACUUCUUCAUGGUCCAGAAACUGGUGGGCUCCAAGUCUGUGUGCCAGUGUGUGGAGUUCUACUACACCUAUAAGAAGCAGGUGAAGAUCGGGAGGAAUGGGACUCUCAUCUAUGGAGACGUGGCGCCGCCGGAGACUAAACCAUCUGAGGAGGAGUUGGAUGUCAAGAGCUCUCGGGGCUUUGAGCCUGUCAAGCAGGAGGAAGAGGGCAGGAAGUGGGAGAGGUCAGCUGACAGGAAACGAGACAGCAGUCCAGGAAGAGUUACGCAGCCGUCGGCCACCACUACUGAACACUCAGAUAAGGUGACUCACCAUAGUGUCCAGAGGGAUGCGGGCGCCCAUCAUCCCCCUCGUAAGCCUGAUCCGGGAUCAGCAGCGAAGGGCAGCGGCACCUCCAGCUCUGCCACCAAGGCCCCCGCGGGGCAGGAGGGGGAGUUCCCAUGCAAGAAAUGUGGCAGGAUCUUCUACAAGGUGAAGAGCCGCAGUGCCCACAUGAAGAGCCAUGCGGAGCAGGAGAAGAAGGCUGCGGCACAGCGCCAGCGGGAGGCUGAGGAGCGAGCAGCAGCAGCGGCGGCAGCGGCAGCAGCAGCCCAGCAGCAGCAGAGGCAGAACGGGGCCAGCGGCCGAGACCAGCACAGCAACAAGAGCAGCAGUGACAACACGUCCUCAGAUGAGGACGAUGAGGACUGGAAAUAGGCCGACUGGUGAAGACUGGCAUUAUAGCCGAGUGGCGAAGAUUGCCAUUAGGAUGAGCCAUGAAGCCGACGUGGCGUUAGACUGAGCCAUGAAGACUGACAUAAAGAUUCUCCACUGAGGACUUUGAAGGUGGAGGUUUUUAAAGGCCUAAUGCACAGCUGGGACAGUGUGUGUGUGAAGGUGGCCGCACGCGCGCGUGUGUAACUGAGGUCCAUCCUUCUUUGUCCCAGACCCAGCCUCGAACCCAGGACCUCACCACAGACAUCUGUACGGGAGGCAGUCUGCUGCCAUGGGUACAUUCCAUUAUCAUAACUCCCGUCCUCGAGCUGUGCUUGUGGCCCCGCGCUUCAUUGACACACCCCACCUCUGUGGAGACAACAAUAAAGUUUCCUUGCUGUCAGUCCAGCCACAACAACUUCUGGGGCACUCUUGAUCUUUUCCCCAUUCGACAUCUCGAUUACAAAUCAGAAAAUGAGCUUUGAAAUCUUUGAGAUUUUGCGAGAUAUUGAAUUAAACUUCUGUCGUCCAUGAUGUCUUGUGUCGUCAUCAGGAGGCCACAAGCACAAGGGAGGAUGGGAGUUAGGAUAAUGGAAAGAGCCUCAAGUGAAAGCCGAGCACUUAGCCAAGUCAGGAGCCUACUGGCGUAUUUGGACGAGGCCUUGGCAGGGAUGUUUUUACGGAUAUUGCAAGCCAAGCUGUGCUAACAGGCCUCUGUUGUGUGUGUGUCUGCGCACACGCCUGUGUGUGCGUGAGUGAGUGAGUGUGUGUGUGUGUGUGUG